GAGAGGUAAUCCGGUGCAUUGAGGGAUGUCCAGCUCCUCAUCUGCGCUCUGUACAGCAUCAGCACCAGGCUCUGCUUGAGGAAGACACAGAGUCGCAUCCCCCGCUGAGAGCAACGCCGCGUGCAGCUCAUUCAAUCUGGAGCGUCAGAUGGUCGAGCUGGAUGAGCCUCGUCUUUGUCCCUCUCCUUUCCCGGACUGUGCGAGUUAACGCAGGAACGGAGCAUAAGUAGUUCAAGGACCCCAGAAGACACAUUUCAUCUUUACUGAUUACAGGCUUAUUGAUCUCGAGCACUUGGAUUAUUGUCCUCAUUUCACCGUUCCCGUGGAUUGCACGCGCGUGAAGUAGACGAGCGCGCGAAAGAACUCAGCUGUUUCGGGAGAAGAAAGCGGGUCGUUGCUGUUUGAAAUGUGUUAAUUCGGGUCCUUUCUUACGAGGGAGGAGCAAUGAGCGCGAAAACAACACUGGGUCGCUUUGUUUCUAACACACGGACCGGUGGAAGAUCAGAUUGACAUGUCGCGCGCUUCUGGAUUUGGAGAUAUCAUGCUAUGAUUUUAUUCUGUCCUGCGUCGCGCUCACCAUUAUUCCUCCUGCGCUGUCUUUCUAACUAACUUAGAGAAGUGUUGUCCUGGGUUGACUGCAUUAUAUAUUCAUUUCACUUUCCUAACAAACACAUUUAUGCUGUUGUUUUCGGAUCUUCUUCAUGUACGGUGGAGCGUUUGGGAUGCUUUCACUUGAAGGGCGUAUUUAAUUAGCUUCUAGCGCCUUUGCAGUGAAGAAACACCCUUUAAGCGUGUUAGAUCGUCUCUUUGUCCCGGCAUCUGGGCAUCUUUGGGGAGGUACAACGACCCACGUGGAAACACGGACUCCAAGGAGGGCAAGAUGGGCUGUUGCAGUGGUCGAUGUACGCUGGCCUUUAUAUGUGGCAUGCAGUUGAUCAGCAUCUUGGAAAGACAGAUAUUUGAUUUCCUUGGAUAUCAGUGGGCUUCAAUUCUCACAAACUUCAUCCACAUCAUCACAGUGAUUCUAGGCCUCUUUGGGACAGUACAGUUCAGACCACGAUAUGUCACCGGGUAUGCAGUCUGGUUGGUGCUCUGGGUUGCCUGGAACGUCUUCAUCAUCUGUUUCUAUUUGGAAGUGGGUGACCUUUCAAAGGACACAGACCUGAUCAUGACCUUUAACAUCUCCAUGCAUCGCUCCUGGUGGAUGGAGAACGGCCCGGGGUGCAGGGUGACCCCCGUGACCCCUCCUCCCUCCUGGGCCCCGGAGGACCAUCGCUACAUCAGCAUCGCUGGCUGUCUGCUGGAGUACCAGUAUGUGGAGGUGGCUCACAGUUCCUUGCAGAUUGUCCUAGCUCUUGCUGGGUUCAUCUAUGCGUGUUAUGUUGUGAAGCUCAUUUCAGAAGAGGAGGACAGCUUUGACUUUAUAGGAGGGUUUGAUUCGUAUGGUUACCAAGGGCCACAGAAAACAUCCCAUUUGCAACUACAACCGAUGUACAUGUCAAAGUAAUGGAUUAACUGCCUUAUCAACCAAUCAAAAUGAAGAACUGAUGUUCGAACAAUGUCUUUCAACGUUAAUGUCUUAACAUAAUAGUGUCUUACGAACUGUUGGAGGAACACGAAUCCGACAAUUUAAUCUCAAAGACUCAAGCAACAGCGGAUUUUAUUUUUAUUUUAUUUUAUUUUUUUGUCUAUUCCCAGUCUUUCCUCCUUCAGAGCACCAGAGCAUCACUGUAGAGCUGGGCUUUCACUGUCCGUAGACGCGAGAGAGCCUCCUUGUGGCUGAUACCCUCUUUGCCACUAUCAUCAAUGCAAAACAAUUCUUAGCGAAGGAGCAAAUUUAGUUGAUCUCUGUGGAUGUCAGUGGAAAGAUCUUGAGCACAGCGGCAAUAAGAAAGACUUGGAAUCGUGCAAUGGAGCAAAUGGACUUCAAGUGUGUUUUGACUGACUUUCCUGGAAACCAUCCAUAACUUAAAAGAAUGUUCAUUAACCAGUCAGUAUGAUAUUACCUUAUCUGAAGUAGUCCUACGAUCUUCAAACGAUGACUGGAGUGAAUUCUUGUGGAGAGAUUUAUUUGGUAGUGUUUACAAAGGGUCAUUCCAAGCUUUGGAUUUAUCAUCGCACUGGGUUUUCUUACAGUAUCUAAUCGCAACCCAGUUAGUUUCUCUUCUUUCUCCUGGAUGUACUUGUCCUGAAAGUGCCAAGAACAGUUACAAAAGCCGAAUAUUGAUAUCAGUAGCUGCUAAGAGACUCAUAUCUUUAGAGUUAAACAACAUUAAAAAAUACCUAUGAUUUUAUCCAUUAAUAACUCCAUCAUGGGAUCAGCCGUAUUUGUUUGCAUGAGGUGUCAAAAUCAGUUGCGUAUUUAAUAUCUUUUAGCUAGAACUAGGCCAGCCUUGAAAGGGGUAACAGUUGGCCUAAAGGCGACUGUCCUUGCUCCAAAAGGUUAUUUGUGAAUAUUGUGUUUUUCUAAAGAUGGUGUUGAGUCUUGUUAUAAAGAUAAUGAAUAGAAAAUUUUAAAUUCUUUCUAUUUUGAGCCUUUUUUUAACAUGUGUGCCAGUGUUAACUCUUUUCUAGUAGAUUAAUAAUUUAUUAUGCUAUAUAAGUGGGCCUUUCUUUUCAAUAUAAAUGUACAUAUUGAUGGGGGAAUCUUUGGAGAGGGGUAGGGAUAGAGAUGCAUUAUUAUUUGUAGUGUGUGGCACUAUAGUCUACUAUGAGUCUACUCAAUUUAGAACUUUUUGUUUUCUGUAGGCGACAGGAACCCAAUCGUUAAAAGCUUUUUAAAAUGGAUAGUUCACCCAAAAAUAUAAAUAUCGUCAUUAUUUACAGUACUCACCCUAUUGUUGUUCCUAACCCAUAUUACUUUUUUUUUCUUCCAUGGAACAAUGUGAGGGUGAGUAAAUAAUGACAGAUUUUCAAUUUUGGGUGAAUUACCCCACAAUUGUUCCCCAACAGUAAAGUUGGCAACACUCACUAUUAACAGCCAAAGCUAUUCAGGUUUGUUAAAGGGAUAGUUUACCCAAAAAAACAAAACAAAAAUGUAUCAUCAUUUACUCACCCUCAUGCCAUCCCAGAUGUGUAUGACUUUCUUUUU